UUUUACGUAUGGGGUACAUUGGUUAGCUUGCUAUCGAAGAAUAAAGUGACCAGUAUAAAAGUUAUCUAAAGGAAGCAAUUUCCACCGUCGGGGUUUCAUGAUGGCUUUGCAGGGCUCUGAGGAGAUAGAGGAGCAACUCGCAGAGCCUGAAGAGGUUGGAGACGAGGAUGUGAGCAUCUCUCCAGCUGAAGAAAUAACAUUAACCGUCGGGCCUGGAGGAGAGGAGGACACGGACCCGCUUCUCCUCCCGUGGGAUCGCUUCUCUGCCUGGCUACACUGUAUCUGUGUCGUCGGGUUUGAUCUAGAACUCGGCCAGGCGGUGGAGGUCAUCUACCCACACCAUUCAAAACUAUCCGAGAAGGAGAAAACAAGUAUCUGCUACUUGUCAUUCCCAGACUCCAACUCAGGUUGUCUAGGGGACACACAGUUCUGCUUCCGUUUCCGCCAGGCCUCAGGCAGGAAGUCUUCUCUGGGAUGUUUUCUGGACCAGUUUGACCGUGACGCCCCAGUCUGCCUGAAGAGGGACCAAGGCCAUUACUAUGGUUACGUCUACUUCAGACAAGUCCGGGACAAGUCACUCAAGAGGGGUUACUUUCAGAAGUCGCUGGUCCUUAUCAGCAAGCUUCCUUACGUCACGUUCUUCCACUCCCUGCUGAAGCUCGUUGCUCCAGAGUACUUUGAGAAGCAGGAGCCGUGUCUGGAGGCUGCCUGCAACGACAUCGACCGCUGGCCCACUCCUCAUCCAGGGAAAAUAUUGGUCCUCCCUAUAAUGGGUACUGUUAUGAAGGUUCGGAUCCCAACAUGUUACGACAAGCCUGGAACCUCUCAGCUGGUACAGUCCACACAGAAUGACAACCUGGUGUCCAUAGUCCUCCCCACGGUCCACGAGGUAGACUUGUUCACGUGUUUCCACCCAGUCUUCUUCCACAUUCAGAUGUUAUGGGAGCUGGUGUUGCUAGGAGAGGCUCUGGUUGUCAUGGCACCAUCUCCGGCAGAAUCUUCCGAUACUGUUCUGGCAUUGGUCAGCUGCAUCUCUCCACUGCGCUACUGCAGUGACUUCAGACCGUACUUCACCAUCCACGACAACGAGUUUAAAGAGUAUACCACCAGAACACAGGCUCCGCCAUCUGUGAUUCUUGGCGUGACCAAUCCGUUCUUUGCGAAGACCCUCCAACACUGGCCUCACAUCAUCCGUAUUGGAGACAUGAAGCAGGCUGGAGAGACUGUCAAGCAGAUGAAGGUCAAGAAGCUGAAGAACCUGAAGACCCUGGACUCUAAACCAGGUGUCUACAGCGCGUACAAGCCCUUCCUCAACAAAGAUGAGGAUAUCAUUAAACAACUUCAGAAGGGUGUCCAACAGAAACGUCCCUCGGCGGCACAGAAUGCCAUCCUACGACGGUACUUCCUGGAGCUGACGCAGAGCUUCAUCAUUCCACUGGAGCGCUAUGUGGCCAGUCUGAUGCCUCUACAGAAGAACAUCUCUCCUUGGAAGAGUCCUCCACAGCUGAGACCCUUCCUCCAGGAGGACUUUAUGAAGACUCUGGAGAAGGCUGGUCCUCAGCUCACCUCACCACUCAAAGGAGACUGGAUGGGACUCUACAGACAGUUCCUGAGGUGUCCAAACUUUGACGGCUGGUUCAGGAAUCGCAGGAGAGAGAUGAUGAAGAAACUAGAGGCCCUUCACCUAGAGGCUGUCUGUGAGGAGGAUCUGCAGGUGCGUGUCCAGCAACACACUGAGGUGGAGACUGUGGACCUCGUUCUCAAACUCAAAGACAAACUGACUCAGGCAGAGAGAGAGCAGCUUCCUCUGAGGCCGGGGACGUUGACUAAACUACAAGCCCACAUCGACUCUGUCAUCCUGUCUUUACCUGAUGAUCUACAGGGAAUCCUGCACAAGCCCUCCACACCCUGACCUCUGACCCUGACUUCUGACCUCUGACCCCUGACCACUAAUCAUUGACCUAUAACCCCUGGGGGAGGAGGAAGGGAGGCCCAAGGAAGGACUGCUCCAGUCUCAUCAUUGAACUGUGGAUUUUUAAGACUUUUUUUUUUUUUUUUUAAGUGCACUUCAACCUUUAAUAUCUGUGUGACUGAGCCACCUCCAACCUCUCUCCACCUUCAUGUGCAAUGCUGGCAUUGCCCCCCCAAAAAAAUCCACUGAUUAUUAUUGAUUAUGCAACCAGUCAGAAAGCCAAUUAGUGGUUUAUUCCUCAGAGAUAUAAUGUCUGUGCUGUAGUGAAUCAUGUGUCUGUGACACAUGUCCAUAAAGGUUGGCAGAUUUUCUAAAACAGUUUAAUCUGUGUCCGGAAAACCGAACCUUUAGUCUAGACUUUUUUAAAACAGCCUUGUUUGGAUUCUAUGCUGCGCUGAUAACUUAACACUGCAGUUACAAUAAACUAUAGACAGAUUGUAAUA